AUAUUAGAUCGAUAAAUCAGAGGAGGCGAAACUAAACAUAGCAAUAACCCUAAAUUAACCCGUGAGGCUGUUGGUAUGAAAAUAACACACGUUUGUUUUCACGGGAAGGCAGUUCAACUACGCGCAUGCGCACUUCGUUCGGAAUAACAAUAUGGCGGCGGUAUGCUACAGCCUGUUGACGUAGUCGAUAGCUAGCUCCUGGCGUCAGUCCGCCAAUUUACCGUUAAAACGAGCUGCUUUAACGACGAGCUGAUAACCGCGACUUUAAUCCAAGUGUAGUCGUUACCGGCGGGGGCUUUCUGUUGAACCGGGUUUCGGUCGGGGGGGCUGAAAUGAACUACACCACCAAGGUGGUCCAGGUGACCAAUGUGUCGCCGAGCACAACGUCGGAGCAGAUGAGGACGCUGUUCGGCUUUUUGGGAACUAUCGAAGAACUGAAGUUAUUUCCACCAGAUGACUCCCAGAUGCCGGUGACGUCGCGGGUGUGCUUUGUGAAGUUCCAGGAGCCGGAGUCCGUCGGCGUGUCUCAACAUCUGACCAACACCGUGUUUGUGGACCGAGCGUUGAUCGUGGUCCCGUUCGCCGAAGGUUUGUCACGUCAUUAUUUCCACGUACGAGUGGUCCUUGUUGGGUUUGAUUGUUUAUUUUUUUUGAAUGGCAUGAAUAGUGAAAAUGUAAAAGAGUUAAAAACAAAAGUAUUUCAUCGAGGUCAACUCACCCUGGUCUGUUUAUAUGAGCUUUUGAAGAUAAUGCCGACGAUAUUUUUUUAUUCCAUUCCUUCCCAUUGUCUACGAGACGUUCUUAAACAGACCUGUAUUGACAGAUUCUUGGUAUACUGUGGUAGCGCAUCCCAUGUCUGUUUUUCACAAUGCAAUUCUGUUGAUAAACUGGAAUGUGUUUCUUUUGGGCGAAUGCAUAAUCAAGCAUCGUGCAUGUGUCUCUGCCUAAAAAUAACAAUUUGUUCUGUAUGUAGAACAUCGCAGUAUACCAAAAUCCACUUGACAAGCCGUUUACAGAUUAGGAGUUGAACGACGCCAAGCUGUGGGCGACCCCGCAGUGAAGUGAAGUUGUUUAAAACUCUUAACCAUAUGCAUUUUUAUUUUCUCCCCCAUAUUGGACUAUCCUCUGUUAAACUUCUCUCUGUUAUUUGUGUGUGUAUGUGUGUGUGUGUGAUUUUUGUAGUGAAGAAGGCAAAAGCAGCCCCCUCGUUGAUGGCUGAAAGUGGUCCUCUGCCUGCCAACAGGGGAUUGUAGACAUUUGCAAAGGCCAGCAAGCAUUCAAGUCCCACCCGCUCUUUUUGUGUCCUCUAUUCUUUCUCUGCCUUCUCUUUCCCCUUCCUUCUGUCUAAUUAUUCUUUUCCAAGUGGUUUAGUUUCAGGUAUAAAGAGGUCACAUAGCAGGGACAUAGUCUACAAAAACUGUGCUCAUUUUGCAUUGUUUUGCAACACUUUUGAAUGCUGGCGAAAAGCAUUGUUCCUCAACAGAUGAGGCCGGCACUAUUCUUCAUUAAUUUAUUUUUUUUGGGGUUCGUUAACGAUCCCAUGAAAAGACCAAAAAGAUCCUCAUUGACCAAAAGAACAAACAUUUAACAUACAUCAUUGAGCCAUACUGUGGGGACCUUUCUGUUCAUUAUGAUGAAUGUAGGCACUGUAGUAUAUUUUUCCAUCAACGCCACCAUGCAGCUUGUAAACACUUGCCGACAGAAACCAACUGUGUAUUAAUCCGCUGAAAAUAGUCCCCAGCAAAUGCACUUUACUUCUGUAUGAGAAACGUUUGUUUUAGAAAGUCACUCCGUCUUUUGUAUUAAGAAUCAAAUGAUAUAUUUUGUGUGCUGUUUCAGUGGUAACAGAUGAGAUUACGGCCGACAGCAGAAUGUAGUGACAUUAACCAGAAAUGUUAUAUCUCCAUCUUAACUCUGGAAAGAAAAAAACUUUAAAAAAAAAGAGUUAUUCUGGGUUUGGUGUUUAAAAGCCGACACAAAGACACCGGGUGUUUUUAAUACACAAUGCCCAGGCAGCACUGCACGUACUUAGCAGCUAAUUUGUGCGACUUAAGCAAGGAACUUGAGUCUUAUGAUUGGUUAUCUUCUAUAAUAGCCAGGUUGUCUUAAGAUGCCCUCCCAACAUGACACUGUGUUGGUAACAUAUAUUCUCUUUAACAGUGGUCUUCUUUUGUUGUUGUGUUUUACAGUUCUUUUUCCUGGCUCAGCCAGUCCUGUAUACCAGGCCCUGCUGAAAAUACCAUCCAACAGUUUUGUCUCCUGCAGCAAUUUCUCUCUUCAGUGUUAUCCAGUCUAUAUAUUUACAUGUUGUCAUUGUUGUGUGUCUGUAUUUACGUCAUGUCUUUUUUUGUGAAUGAGUUGUUUUUGGGGGGGUGGAUUUUUAUGUAUUGUGAGAUUAUUAUUAUGAGGUGUUUUUAUUUUUGUCAAAUUUGGCAUUAAAAAAAAAUUCCAAUCGGUGGCAAAAUGCAAAUAAAGAUUAUGCCAGUAUUUUUUUUUUGAUUUAAAAAAAAAAAAAUUGGAUUGUUAGCGCAGAUUGACCAAACCAGUCGUCCUCUGCCUUUUUUGGUUUGGUUGAUUGACGCAGUGGCAGGUAAGGAUGCUAGAAUAAUGAUGUGCAGCAGACACGCUACCCACCCUGAAUUCUGCUAUUGUCAUUUAGUACGUGCCACUAUAUGCUCUGACAUUUUGUGUUUUUGGUAAGUAAACACUGAUAGCUUGUAUAGUGUUCUUGACCAAAAUCCCUAAAAUUCUCUCUGUUGUGUGUAUCUCGAUUUCUCUCUGUGUGCUUUUAGUAGCGAAGCCGCCAGCGUGAGUCGCUUGUUUCAGUAAACGUCUUAAUGAAAAUUGAGGGCUCACCCAACUGGAGAAGCAGCUGUGCUUGCUAACGUUUGGUUCAUGACUUAAAAAACACUUUCAGGCUCUAUUCCUGAUGAGGCUAAAGCUUUGUCGCUGUUGGCGCCGGCAAACGCCGUUGCGGGAAUCCUGCCGGGAGGAGGACUUCUUCCAACGCCCAACCCCAUCUCCAAUCAAGGGAUGGGAGGAAACCCUUUCGGUGUUCCCAACAUGGAUGCAAUGGCUGCUUUUGGAUUCCCAGGAGCCAACAUGAACCCACAGGCUGCUGACCAGCUGUUAAAGUUCAUGACAGAUCCAAAACUGAAUCCUUUGGCUGCCGGCUUGAACCUGAGUGCAAGUCUGAAGGCUGACGCUUCUAAUAAAGAAAUCGAAGAAGCCAUGAAGAGAGUCCGCGAGGCCCAGUCGCUCAUUUCUGCUGCCAUUGAACCUGGAAAUAAGGAAAGCAAAAAGAAGCGCUCUCGUAGUCGUUCCAGGUCCAGGAGGAGGCGGUCCAGAUCACGUUCCAGACACAGGCGAACCAGGAGCCGAUCGCGGCGGCGAUCGACCUCCAGACCCAAGCGGCGCUCCAAAAGCCCUCGCAGGAGACACACCGACUCCUCCAGAGACCAAAGCAGGCGAUCUCCGAGCAGAUCCAGAGAUAGAAAGAAGGAAGACUCAGGGAGGAGGAGAUCCAAAACGCCGCCUAAGAGCUAUAGCACAGCCAGGAGAUCGCACAGCGGGGACCGGAGACGCAGGAGAAGUCGAAGCCACAGCCGAUCUCCACCCAAAAAGAGGUCUCCGUCUCCACGGAGACACAAGAAGGAGAAGAAGAGGGACAAGGAACGAGACAAGGACCGCAAGAGUGACCGAGUUCGCGAGGAACCGGAACGCGAACGCUCCCCCAGCAAGAAGAAGAAAAGCAAGGACAAAGAGAGGGAGAGGGAGCGAGAGAGGGAGCGAGAGAGGAAAUCGGACGGCGAGAAAGGAGACGUCAAGGUCACCAGAGAUUAUGAUGAGGAAGAACAAGGCUAUGACGGCGAGAAGGAGAGGCUGGAGAGGAAGGAUUCUGACGACUCUGCUUUGUCUCCUCAGUCUGUAGAAGGCAACGGCACGUCGCGGCCUGUGAAGCAGGCCAAAGUUAACGGAGACGACGAUCACCACGAAGAGGACAUGGAUGUCAGCGAUUAGGUGUUUUUUUUUUGUUGUUUUUUUUGGUCCCCCCCCCCUCCUCACUGUCUCGACGUUUGUAAACAUGUCGCGACUGUUUUUUUUCUUCUUCCCUCCUCCUCCUCCCACUGAGGUAAAUCAAAAAAAAAAAAGUGAUGUGAGCGUCAAUUGUAUAUUGAUUUGUUUUCCUCACAGAAGAGUCGUCACGUUGCUUCAGAGUCCCCUCACGCUUUCUUUUGCCUCUACGAAUGUAGUCGGUUGAAACUGGAAGUAGGCUUUGCUUUCCUUGAGCUUGUGUUGUCAGGUUUUGUCCCUUUUUACAUUUUGUUUAGUGGCGUGUGUUCAGGCCCCCACCCCACCCCAUCCCAUCUCCUCGGAACAGUUCAAUACAUUUUGUUUCUUGUUAUUUGAAAGUGUUGAUUGUUUUAUCAAGGAUUUCUUUUAUAAUAAAGCCUAUUUGGGAGAAACAAGA